GCGUGUAAAGACACCCUACUUUAUUUGGACAUCGGCUCCGACGGCCUAUGCGACAUUUCCUCGAACGCUGUUCGUGCGUAGUCUUCGUCGUCCAUGGCGUCCUCGUCGACGGGCUCUGCCCUCCAGUUCCGGAAUCUACGACCGCUACUGGCUUUGGAAAGAGGAAGCCCUACGAGCCUUCGAGGGCCUUCAAGGAUCCGCUGUGGGCUGCGGGGCGAGAGGAAGCCGCUGUGGAGAGGGAGAGUGAUGUCCACGGAGGCGAUCCAGGCCGUCCAGGCCCUCAAGCUCGCCAAUUCCUCCUCCUCGUCUCGCCGGAUCGAAGGCGUCCUCGAUGCUCGCGUCGGGAGGCUCCUGAAGGCCGAUCAGAUUGCGGUGCUCGCGGAGCUCCGGCGGCAGAACGAAUGGCAACUUGCCCUACAGGAUUACAGGUUUUUGCAUUUAUUCGAAAGGAGGUGUGGUAUAAACCAGAGCUGUCACUAUAUAGUGAUAUGAUAUUCAUGUUGGGAAAGAACAAGCUGAUUGGACUUGCUGAAGAACUAUUCUCUGAGUUACAGAAAGAGGGAUUGCAACCUGACACUCGAGCCUACACUGAAAUGAUAGGAGUCUUUUUGCAAGUUGAUAUGGUGGAGAAAGCAAUGGAUGUAUACAAAUCCAUGAAGGAAUUGGGCUGCAGUCCUGAUAAGUUGACACUGACCAUUUUAAUUAGGAAUCUUGAAAAAGUUGGACUGGAAGAUCUGGCCUCCGAUGUAAGGAAGGACUGUGCUGAAUAUAUGGAUUUUCCUGAGAAGUUCUUAAAAGAGGUCGACAAAAAAUUUCCAAAAAGGAGGUCACUCAAACUUGUCUGAAAAGCCUUGUAAAUCUGUCACCUGAGAUUACUUUUGGAGUAUUGACAAAGCUAAUAUGAGGACAAUAACUUUGUUCAAUCAGUACAAUUUGUUGGCAAGAAAAGGUUGUCCGAAACCAUCCUUUUCUAUAGUAUGCAUGUGAAGCAUGGACUACAUCAGCGGUACCUGGUUUGUCUCUUAUGAUCUACAUUGCUAGUAUAAACGACGAUCAUUUUCGGUCUAAAUUUUUUGAAUGUCGCUGAUCUAGAACAGCAUGGUGUUGUCAUAAUAUCGUAAUAUCAGAUACUCUUUUACCGAA